ACGCCGGGAGCUGUCCGCCUCGCGCUGGUGCUGAAGCAAGAUGGCAGCGCUAUAGGGGCGAGAAACGCGCGAUAAACUGAGAAAAGCGCUUUAUGUGAGCCGUUUCCGGUCGUUUGUCCGUUUAUUCUCACGUCUUUAUUUGAUAAAGGCCAAAGUUAUGACUGUCUGUUGAAUGAGAGGCUAAAUUAAAUCACGGCACGUAGACUGUCCGGUUCUCACCGAAACGCAGCUGCUCGACGCGACGCUGCGCUGCGCGAUGUCUCUGCUAUGCGUCGGAGUGAAAAAAGCACAGUAUGAUGGACCUCAGGAGAAAUUCAACACGUAUGUGACUCUGAAGGUUCAGAAUGUUAAGAGUACGACCAUCGCUGUGCGGGGCGAUCAGCCCAGCUGGGAGCAAGACUUCAUGUUUGAGAUAAAUCGUUUGGAUCUGGGUCUUUCAGUCGAGGUGUGGAAUAAAGGCCUUAUAUGGGACACAAUGGUCGGCACCGUAUGGAUUCCACUGCGGAGUAUCCGCCAAUCCAAUGAGGAAGGACCGGGCAAAUGGUUGACUCUGGAUUCACAGGCUAUAAUGGCAGAUAAUGAAAUCUGUGGCACCAAAGAUCCAACAUUCCACCGUGUUCUUCUAGACACUCGCUUUGAACUGCCGCUCGAUAUUCCAGAAGAAGAGGCUCGGUAUUGGGCAAAGAAACUGGAGCAGCUCAAUGCUAUGAGAGACCAAGAUUAUUCAUAUCAGGAGGUUCAGGACAGACCAUUGUCAGUACCGGGAACACAAUGUUGUAACUGGUGGGGGGACCAGCAGAACAAUGAUCCAGACAGCGCGAUGGACGACAGGGACAGUGAUUACCGCAGUGAGACCAGUAACAGCAUCCCACCACCCUUUUAUACCACAUCUCAACCCAACGCCUCUGUGCACCAGUAUCCCAUGAGUCACCAGCACCGGAAUCCCCGUUCCCCCUACUCAUGCUCCAUCAACAGCUGUGACCUCGACUAUGAUCACCCGAGAGGCAUCAGUCCGACUGGAAGCUAUGUGUCCUCAGCUGAGCUCAGCCGCUGUAGCUCUCAACUAAGUGAAGAGUACGGUGAACGAGAACUGUACGACGAGAAUGACUCCUAUCACUCCUGCCACUCGUCUGUGUCUCACAGCAAGGGCUCGCCCGACUGGGACGAGACUCAAGGCGCUUACAGCGACGAAUGUGCCUACAGCAAAGAUGGCGGUGAGGAAGAAGCCCUGUAUGAGGAGGAGGAUGGAGACCUGUAUGGAGAGGAGGUGGACAUGUAUGAGGGAGAGGAAGACUUCAACUACGAGGAUGAAGAUCUGUACCCAUUGAACCGGACCCUCAGCAAAGACCAAGAGCCUCCGUUCACCCCCACACUGACCGUGUCAUCCGCCAGACCCCGUCUGGAGAAACAGACCUCACUGCACCAACAGCAGCAGACACAGCCACAGUCUCAACCGGCCAAUCAGAUGCAAGCCCAGCCUCCAUCCCAAGCGCUCAAUCUGAAUCAAACCCAACCUCCAAUCAAACCCCAGAAUCAUCAGGUUCCUCAGCCAGCCAGACAACAGGCUCCGCCCCAGCAGCCGUCCUUAGGCCCGAUCCCUUCUGUCCAGUCCUUCUUCGCCAUGGCCAAACCACUGACCGCCGUGUUUGGUUUGGGCGGAUCUACUCCUCCUCAACCUCCUGCACCGACAUCGCAAACUCACCCCCCAACAGUACCAUCACAAACCCUGACGCCUCAGCCUCCUGCUCCUGUAACCCAACAGAUGCCCUCCGCCACCUCGAUUAAACCCCCUGAACCGCUCACCUCUGCUCCCAUGGUCGACUCCAAACCUCCUGCACCAGAACCCAAACCUCCCACCCCCACAGAGGAAAAACUGCCCACAGCGGAGCCUUCAAUGGAAGAGGAACCUUCGCUCCGAGAAGAAGUCUUCCCCGUGGACGAGCCAAUAAUUGAGGAUGUAAAGAUGGAGAGUCCUCCUCCUUCUCCACCGCUAGAAGAGGAAGAACCUCGGCCAGAACCUGAGAGUGAAGCGGUGAUGGAGGAGCCGAAAAAGCCUGUGGACCCGGCCAUCAGAGCUAAAGAGAACUGGCUGAGACUCUUCGAAAAAGUCCGCCAGCAGCUCCAGGAGGCACGAGGAGACUCUCAGUCUUUGUGGUUUGGUAAAGGAGGGAUGGGAGGAGCACUGUACAGUAUCGACAGCAUGCCUGACCUUCGUAAGAGAAAGACUAUUCCUCUGGUCAGAGAUCUGGUAAGAACCCAUAACCCAUAAAGCUGUUUUUAAAAUCUGUGUUGUGGUGCUGAUAAACAAGGUUCAAUACAGAUGAUGUACCAAAAUAUCAGGGGCUGGAAUCAUAAAACAUGAAGUGAAAUC